AUGAACACCAAAUUUACCGUUUUAUUAGCUGCCAUUGCUUCCGCUUCUGUCGCUUCUGCUGCUGUCGCUAACACAACUACCGAAAUUGCUGAAUUGAAAGUUUUAUUAGACGAUGUUAAAUCAAAUUUAAAUGAUUACGUUGCUUUAGCAUUUACUCCAGAUUCAGGUGUCUCUUUAGAUACCUUACCAGCUGGUGUAUUAGACGUUGGUAAAGCUUUAUUUACAGCUAGUGAUGAUUCCUACACAACUUUAUACGCUAACGUCGAUUUCGAUGGUGUCAGUUCUUUAAUGACUAAAUUACCAUGGUAUCAAUCAAGAUUGGAAGCUCCUUUACAAUCCAUUGCUAACUCAAAUUAA